UGGGAUGUUUUUGCUACUUCCUGUUGUUGCAAAUACCAGUGACAUGUAAGAAAGCUGAGUGAAUUCUUCAUUGAUAAAGUUUUUCCUUUCCCACUGUAGCUUCCAUACAGUAUUCCAUUUGUUUCCUUGCUUCCAAUCAGUUUGAAACGAAAUAUCAUUUUCCAAAUCUAAUAAGAAACAUGGCAGAUAAUCUCAAAGGAAAAGGGUUAUUACUCUCUGCCACAGCAAGCAUUGAUAUUGAUGCUGCUGCGACUGCUGAUGCCAAUGAUGAAGGACGAAAAAACAGAACUACAGAAGCUGCUAGGAAAAAUGAGUCUGAACCUGUCAUAGCUGCUGAUCUGACAAGAUAUGCAACGCCAUUAGCACUGCUAAAUGGCUAUGGAAAAGAAAUGUCAAGGCAGAAGGAAGCUUUGACUAAAAAACCUAAUAGUGAUGGAGUUAUUAUUGCAGCAGACCUUACGAAAUACAAUAACCCACUGGACAAUGAGAAAAUGGAAGAAAUGACUCCAUUGAAAUAAAUGUCUGCUCAUAGCUUUUAUUUUUAUACAAUAGCUUCAGUUAGUUAGAACAAUUACACACACACACAUAUACACACACACACACACA